AUGGAGUCUGUGACAUUGCGUCGCAAAGACACGACCAAGGGCCCUCCCUUGAGGGUCCUGUCGUUAGACGGAGGUGGCGUGCGAGGCUACUCGAUGCUCAUCAUCCUCCAGGAACUCAUGUACCGCAUCUAUGUCGAAUGUGAAGGCAAACCCCCGCGCCGCGACGAGAUCCCUAAACCCUGCGACCACUUCGACCUCAUCGCCGGCACCGGCACCGGUGGUCUGAUCGCCCUCAUGCUGGGCCGCUUGCGCCUCGACCUCGAGACCUGCAAGGAGGUCUACGUGCGCAUGACCCGCCGCGUCUUCGAGACCGACAAGACCAUCGCCGGCAUCCCCUACCGAUCGACGCUGUUCAAGGCCUCCAAGCUGGAGGAGGCCAUCCGCGAAUGUGUGCGGGAGCAUACCAUCUUCGAGGCCGAGGGGAACGAUAUGCCCCCCUCGAGCUCGCGCAGCUCCAUCGUCAGCAUGCCCUACAGUCCCGGCACGAUCCCCCAGCGCUCCGUGAGUCGAGGCAGUUUCAGUGCCUCCUAUGCCGCCCAUCCCUCCUCACCGGUCAGCCAGCGACAUUCGGCGAUUGUGAAUGGGUUACGGUGGGGGAAGCCAGAUGCUCUACUGUAUGAUAAUCGGGAAAACCGGACAAAGACUGCCGUCACGGCUGUCUACAAAGGCACCACCCGCAACGGAUCCGCCGUGCUCCUCCGAUCCUACGACUCGCGGAAAGAGCCUCCACCCGAAUUCAACUGUACUAUCUGGCAGGCUGGUCGUGCCACCUCGGCGACGGGCCUUGCCUUCAAACCCAUUCAGAUCGGACAGCAUGUGUUUAUCGACGAGGGGGCCGGCACUUACAAUCCCGCCCCGCAGAUUCUGGACGAGGCGGCCGUGAACGAGUGGCCCGGGCGGGAGAUCGGCGUGUUUGUCAGUGUGGGCACCGGGAAGCGCCCGGCAGGCACAAAUAGCCGCCAGCACGAGUGGUGGGAGGGCUUUGUCGGCGACGGCCUGGGGAGCUUUGCCGAGGCCCGGCGACGGCUCAUUGCCAAGAUUGAGGGCUGCGAGGACAUCCACCGGGAGAUGCUCCGCAGCCACCUGGCCAAGCGGAAUGUCAGCCAGGACAACUACUACCGCUUGAACGUCGAGGUGGGCGUGGGCGAGUUUGGCAUGAACGAGUGGAAUCGCCUGGUCGACAUCAGCACCGGUACCCGCCGUUACCUCUCCAAGACCGAGGUCAAAAAGAGCAUCCUGGACGCCGGCGUCAAAUUCGCCAAGAUCGACCGCAUGCACCGUCGACUGGCGGCCCAUGCCGCCGCCGGCGGUUCCGAGGGGUCCGGGGAGCCUGCUGACGACAUGCCGUUCACCCCUCAUAGCUACCAAUCGUCGCAGGGCCCGACGUUCACCGUCUCGCCGCCGUCCCACCCCAUGGCCGUGGAGCUGCCCGCGGAAUUGCCGGGCGACUUUGUCCCGCUGCCCACGAACCCACCGCUGCCCAUCCCCAGCAACGGGCGGGUGGCCUCACCCCCGCCGGACGACCUGUCCUCUCCAUCGGCGCGGGUUUCCGGCAGCGAGUUCAGUUUCACCCACAGCCAUAGCGACGUGAGUCGGCCAAGCUCGCAGCAGCAGCAGACGACAUCGCCCCGGCUGAGCAUGGAGCAGGUGCAUGAGGGGAAUUUCGCACCCCCCGUGCCUCCCAAGACGCCCAUCCCGUAUCCGGACAAUGUGAACGAGACGCUGAUGCCGAUGCCGCUGGUGAUACCACAUCAUGGCCGCCAUGGAUCGACUGGGAAAGUCCGGCCACCGUAUCCGGUGGACGAGACUCCUCCGGCUGUGAACAAGCAGCGAAAGCCUAGCUAUCAUGUGCGAUGA